AUGUAUGCGAACCAGAAGGUCCAAGAUUUAGAGUUCGCUAUUGGUGACCAUGUUCUAUUGAAGAUCUCACCCAUGAAGGGUGUUUUGAGGUAUGAAUUAUCAGGUGAUAGCUCAAGUGCACCUAAUGGCUUAACAGGUUUAUUUUAUCAAACUUAUGGGGACAUUGUUGGAACUGAUGUGUACAAUAUAGUUAAAGCUUUGUUUGAGGAUCAUACUCUACCUAAGGCUAUAACUCACACUAACCUUGUACUAUUGGCUAAGAAGAAUGAUGUUGAGACUUCUUCAGACAUGAGGCCAAAUAGUCUUAGCAACUUUAUUAACAAAGUGAUCUCUAGAGUGUUGCAUGAUAAACAGGACAAGGUGCUGCCUAACUUGACAUCUUCUAACCAAUCUAGUUUUGUUAAAGGAAGAAACAUUAUUGAAAAUGUGUUACUGACACAAGAGAUAGUUACUGAUUUCGGAUCGAGAAGAAAACCAUCCAAUAUAGUCAUCAAACUGGAUAUAACUAAGGCUUCUGAUGGGGCUCAUGAAUUCUUUCAUUCAACAAGGGGUGUGAAACAAGGAGACCCUUUAUCUCCACCUCUUUCCAUUUUAUCUGCUGAAGUUGUAACUAGAGCACCAAAUUCUUUAUUUGAAAAACAUACAUCUCUAAAGUUGAUAAUUAGUACUCUAAAGGAUUAUGAAGAUAUUUCUGGACAGAAGAUAAAUAAAGGAAAAAGCUUCUUUUUACAUGCACUCAAAGAUGAAAGGGUGGAAGAUGUAAAAGAUCUCAUGGGAGAAAAUGGAUGGGAUACAAGAAAACUGCAACAACUAUUUCUAGAGGACAUUGUAAAUCACAUUACCACAUGCUUGAAAAUUAAAGAGAUCUCUGAGAUAUAG